AUGCCUCCCUCAUUGCAGAACGAAUUAUUCUCUAAAUGGUCCUCGGCAUUUGAUUCAGCAAGACAUAAGCUUCUUGCUAUCAAACGACAAGAAGGUUUUGAGGAAGUAAAACGAAAGGGAAUUACUAUUGACAAAGAAGUAUCACGUAGACUCUAUCUUGAAUUCUGUGAAGGAGAACCAAAAGUUUCGGUUAAUCACCGUUUGAUCGAUGGAAAAAUCGAAGCUUACGAAAUGCCUCUCGACCCUCACUCAGCGGUACAAGGAGAAUUGACUUAUAUAAUAAGGAGUUGGAGUAGUCGGUUGCGAGUCCAUGGUGAAAUGGAUAUUAUUGUGGGUACAAGAAGUGUAUAUCGUCCUGAUAUUUGUGUUCGGCCAUUGAAUCGUCAUCAACCUCAAUCCUUAAGAGCAGUCAAUUCAUCAGGAAAUCCAUAUCCUACUCUGGUGGUUGAGAUUGGCAAUACUGAAAGUUUAAACAGUUUACACGAAUUGGCAGAAAAAUAUUUUUCUCAACGGACAACUAUCCAAAUUUAUUUAGCAAUCAAAUUGUACCCACCUCGCCGGAACAAUACUUUUGCGCUUCUUGCGGUGCUUUACUUACGUAAUAAUCAAAAUCCCACAACACCUGUAGUUGUUAAAUCAUUCGGAACAGCACCUCUCUCUAAUCAUUCACGAAUAUAUCUUCAAAGUAUCGUACGGGAUGAAUUCAUCACUGGUGUUGGGUUUGGAGGGGCACCUUGUGCUGGUGCUGAUAUUGGUAAAUAUCAACUAGCCAUCCCUACCAACUUACUUUUUAACGAUGUUCCUGGCGGUGUUCCUGGUGACGUACCUAAUAACUUUAUAGUAAAUCUAUGGAGUUUACAAGAUGCAAUUCUGAAUAAUUAG